GUUGGUCACUCUAAAUUAAUGUCAAAACAAACGAAACACGAAAAUGGAUUCUCCCGAACUUACAAAUCAAGCCAUCGCUGAGCUGAUGCGAGAAAUCGAAGGCCAGAAAUCCGGCUUGAACACCCAAACACAAAGAGAACGAAAAUUGAAUCCUCUAGGCAAACCAAAUAAGCGUUUUCUAGGCCGCACUAUAAAUACGGCUAUUCGACAUAAUAAAAGAGAAAACGAACGGACGCAGGCCAAUUGUCAAAAGAAGUUGCAGGAUCUGGAUGAUAUAUAUGAGAGGAGGAAGUCGAACUACUUUUACAACCGUGAUGCAGGCCGAAAUCGGAGUGUGGACCGAAGCAGGAGCAGAAGUUCCAGCAGAAGUCGCCGAAGGAGUCACAGUAGAGGUCGCUCAAAGAAGUCCAAAAAGCGACGCAGCAGAAGGAGAAGCAGUAGCAGUAGAAGUAGAAGUUCUAGUCACAGUCGCAGUCGCUCACAUCGCAGGAAGAAACACAAAAAAAAAGCCAAGAAACACAAAAGGUCAAAACGGAGUCGUAGGAAAAGUAGCAGCAGUUGGGACCGAGAAAUUCCGCCCAACAAUCUUAUAGCCCCACCUUCGGAAAUAUACCUUAACCAUUCAAAACAGAUGGCUUUGGCUGUUGCCAUGGCCUACAGUCAAGUCCUCAAUGCCAACAACCAAAGCAGAGAAAGCAAUAUUCGGCCAUCUUCACCUUUGAGCGAUAUUGUUCGAGAACUAAUGUCCGACGAAGAGCAGGAGAAAUCCGACAAACCCAAUGCUUUGUCCAUUUUAUCCAGCGAUGAAGAAAAAACUGUCCUUACAAUUGACGUAAGCUCGAGUUCCGAAACCCAUGAAGAUUAUUCAAGCUCGGAUACAGGCUCGGAUUCCCCAAACAGCGCCGGCAGCUGCAUAACCCUAAGUGAAACUGAAUCUUGUAACAGUGAUAUAGAAAUAAUAGAGUGCCAUGAUAAACAGGAAAAGGCUAUUGAACCUUUUCCUAAGCCCAAUAUCAAUAAUGAAAAGCAACAGGUGGCCGAAAGUGCCGCUCCUACGACCGUGGACCUGACUGAAGAUUAGUUAAGCUAUAGAUUAUUUAUUAACUUAACGAAGAGAAUUGUCUCUCGAAACCAACAACUUUGCUGCGGAAUGAUCCCAAAGUUUUACGAUUAAUCAUACCGUGUGAUAAAGUUGUUGUUUGGAAACAAGAAUUUUAGGCUUCGAACACUUUGUCCUUAUCGUUAAAUUUUAAUAUGUGUUGAGAUUAUCAAAAGGUUUAAAAAAAAAUACUAUUACAUACAUUUAUUUUUUAAAUAGGCCUUGAGAUUUAUAUCUGUUCAAAAAUAUUGAAUAAAUAUAUAUUUUAUGAAUGUCUUUUAAAUACA